AUGGCACCGACGUGGUCACCCUUCUCGAUAGCGCCCUCAUACAGCUCUAUAGAUCGCAUUGCAUCACGCUCGACUCCUUCGGCACCUUGUUUCAGCAAACUUCUCCCUGAUCCCCAGCUGCUCCCGCAGAUUCUCCAUUGCAAAAUCAUUGUGCGGCAACGGCUCGAACUCUCUUUCCUCCCGCUUGGUGUUCUGGGCCUCCUUCUUUGA